UCAUGGAGCAUGUUUGUAGCAGAACUGGCGCGUAUAAUGAAAGUAUUAGGAAUGAAUAAAUAAUGCUUUAGUCGUUAAGUUUAGUUUUAGCACACAUUUGUAUACUCAAGCACAAAAAGGGAGUUUAACUUCCAGCAGUAAUUGAAGAGAAAAGGAGGUUAUUAAGUGUUAAAUAUUGUGUGGCUAACGUUAAGUGGCUAAGCUAAGCGCUUGUGGAGCGAGUUUAUUCCUGUAAGAGGUAAAUCUAGAGGGCUGGAGUUGAGCUCGAAGCUCUUCUACAAUGCAGCUGGAGCUAAAUGGAGAUUAAGAAGUGAAAAGUGAAGUGAAGAUGAAUCUCUCAGUCAGGCGCAAACUCAGCGAUGGGAAAACUGGACCUUCCCGAGUCCAGGAGAGCAAAAGUGAAGAGCCUGAAGGCAAACCAGAGACACGGAGUGUUUCUCUUCCUUCAUCUCCAUCCAGAGAAGAAGAGCCAAGUCCUGAGAACAGCCCAGAGUCAUCCAGGCGAGCAGGAAGGAGUAAAGUCUCUUUAACAGAAGCACAGUGUGGCUCGUCAUCAGAUGAUGAUGCAGAGAAGACUCUUAUCAUCACAGUCGAAAAGGAGCAAAACUGCCCUCGGCAAAGUGGGAAAGCAAAACGAGGUGCAAAGAGGAAAAGAGAGAUGAAUGAAACAGGGUCCCAGCAGGAUGAGGAUGAACUCCAGCCAGAGGUCGAGAUCGACCAAGAGCUGGACAGGGAGCUGGAGAACAAGUCACGGCAGCACAACCUGACCUCCGCUAACGUGCGCAGUAUUCUACACGAGGUGAUUACCAACGAGCACGUCGUGGCAAUGAUGAAAGCCGCCAUCAACGAGACUGAACCUGUCCCUCUGUUUGAGCCGAAGAUGACUCGUUCUAAACUGAAGGAGGUGGUGGAGAAAGGAGUGGUCAUUCCUACCUGGAACAUUUCACCAAUCAAGAAACCGAGCACACUGAAGGGUCCCCAGUUUGUGGACAUUCCUUUAGAGGAGGAGGACUCCUCUGAUGAAGAGUACCACCCUGAUGAAGAGGAGGAGGAUGAGACGGCAGAGGACACGCUUCUUGAAAGUGAUUUGGAGAGUACAGCAUCAUCACCACGUGGCACACGACUAAACCUCAGCAGAUCCUUCAACGAAUAUGAUGCAGAAAACAGCUGCAGCCCCAGACAGAGUUCACGCAGGUCACGGCACGUGCGGGUGGCAGUUGUGCCCAUGGGCCCCCCUCCACCCCCUCAGGGCCCAGAACCACCACAGCCCCAGACUGAGUGCAGCUUUAUGGAGAAACUCUAUGCUGUGGAUGAGGAGCUGGCUAUCGGAUCUGACUGCAUGGAUUCUUACCAGUCUCUUACCAGUAAUGAAGAAGAAGGUGAAGAGAGCCUGAUGGCCUUCCGCACUCGUUCCAAACGGCCAUUGAGAGACGUCUCUCUGGGUCGUUUAGAGGCGGAGCUUCGAGCUCCUGACAUCACUCCGGAUAUGUACGAGUUUGUCUCCGCCCCUGAGGACAGGGAGUGGACACGGUGGCUGCAGGGCCUCAUGAACUCGGAUGUGGAGAACGAAGAGGAGGCUGAUGAUGAUGAUGAUCCAGAGUAUAACUUCCUGGCUGACAUCGACGAGCCGGAUGUGGAGGAUUACCGGAACGACAAGGCCGUGCGCAUCACCAAGAAGGAAGUGAACGACCUGAUGGAAGAGCUGUUUGACGCUUUUCAGGAUGAAUUAGGGGGUCAGGAUGAGGAAGGCCAUGAGGAGGCGGAAGUAAAGGAGGAAGAAGAUAAUCUCCAGCAGGAGCCACCCAGUAUUCUGGAAACAAUUCAUUAUGAGGACCCUUUGGCAGAUAUUCUGAACCAGAGCUACCGCACAGUGAAGGAGCAGUUAGACGCUAUCCGUGAGCGAAAAGCUCUACUGGAGAGUAAAGGACUGUCCAUUCCUCUUAAACGCCCCACAAACUCCGCCUCUUUCUAUCUAAGCCCCACUCAGAAGCUCCGCCUCCAGCAGCACAUGCAACAGCACAUACAGCUCCUGACUCAGGUGAACGUGCUGAGCAGGUCAGUGGACAGUCUUGAGGCUGAGGCCUGCACAGCUCAGCAGUUCCUGUCAGAGCUGCAGUUCUUCGCGCAGCAAGGAGAACAGGCCCAGCAGGUCGGGGAUCCGGGAUUUGUCAGCAUCUUUAGAGCCUGUAACCUGCAGGCUGCUGUGUCUCUCCUCGAGGAAUUGGAUCAGUCUCCUAAAUCUGACACUCCGGACCCUUGUCCAGUAUUCCCAGGGUCCCAGAUUCCAGCUAAUUUGGCCUGGUUGAUGGUGACGCGGCCGGUGUUCCUCUACCCACAACUCCUUCCCACGGUCAGACUGCGUCGGUUCACUCAGAAAGGGCCCUUUACGUCAGCAGAAAACUGUCUGGUGGUUUUAGGCUAUCAGCACCUAAAGGGCACAGGGAAUCCUCUCAAGCUGACCUGCCAAUACCUGCUUGCAGCGAGAAAUGCCAUCUGCCUGAGAGCGUAUGUCCGCCAAGCAUGCCACAGACAACAUCCCAACGUCAUCAAGAGAUACUUUCUAGAAGGAAAAUGUCCCCCCAUGCCAUUGGCCUGUGAGAAAGUCAGUCCCAGUGAUCAGCGUCCCCCAGUAGAAAGAGAAACACGCUUGAUGCCUCGCUGGCUUUCGGAAAACCUUAAACUAAUCCAUGAAGAAGUGCGAAAGUACAAUCUUCAGCUUUCCAGUUCUCAACAUGCCUUUCCUGAGGAAGACUCCUCCUCUCCAUCCUACAGCUUCCCCCCAGGUACCCGCUACCCCCCCAGCCUGCCCGAAUCCCUCGCCCUUACUCUUAAACCACAGUGUCUUCCAGUUCGUGCUUCCUGUAGAAAAAAGGUAUCACGUGUGCACUCUUCACACACUCCAGCCCAGUCCAAACCGCCGCCUUCAGCUGAAGAUGUGGAGAAAGCUCUGAGUCGUCUGCCGCCUCUUCUGCCGAAGUUUCCUAGCCAGAAUGUUAAGCUUGAUCAGAAUGUUAACUCUAGUUCAAUGAAGCAAAAAAUCAAAUGUCGAACUAAAUCUGCUAAUAGUGCUGGGGAAAUCCAAGUGACUGCAAAUAACGUUGCAAAGAAAAACCAAGGAAAGCUCAUUAUAACUUUACCCACCGCUCCAGUUACUUCCAGCAGAGACCCUGAGGUAACAGUGCCUAGUGUUGCUACAGUAGCUCCAAGCCAGGGAAAUGUCAUCAUGACUUUACCUACUGCGCUUAUAUGUCCUACUCCGAGUGCUACUCUAGUGGCCCAGGCACCUUCACCCUUCACCCCGUUGGUUAAAGAGCCUAUGAGUCAGCGCUGUGGCACUUUGCUCAAGCUGAGCAUGGGACAGAGAACUAAUCUAAACCCUCUGCCUGUAUCUUCUCAAUUUUUUCUUCUACCUCCAGGCUGUGUAGUUACAAACAGUGCUAAUGUCAACCCCAAUCACAGCCAGAAAUCCAGUCUAGCCCAGGAAACGGAGCUGGAAGACCUUGAAGGUUCUUUAGAGAACUUUCCAGAAAACAUAGUCGUUUCUCAACCAGAUAGAAAUCUUAUAAGUGGCAGUGAAGAAAACAAUGUCCAGGAAAACAAUGAAAUGGAGACGAACGUUCACGAGGAGGAACUUGAAUACGGAGACGAAGACUUUAGAGAGCCGUUCCUCACCUUGUCGGAAUCUUCUGGAACCCCAGCGCCUAGUUUGUGUGGGGACGAUGACGCCAUGGAGGCAGUGAUGGACAUGGAUGAUAUAGAUGAACAAAGGCAAGAAGCAUCGCAAACUUCGACAUCUACACAGCAGAACGAGCAACCAUGCUGGACUGAACGAGAGAAGGAUGAGCAGGAAUGUGCAGAGACGCAGGAGGAGGAGUCAAGAAGCAUGGCAGACAUCACAUCACCUGCUUCUGUAACGUCCGAGCUGUCUUUGCCAGAGCUUCAGGAGACAGUGGAGAAACUGUCGAAGCUGGCAUCGGAUCCUGAAGAAGAGAGACAUUCAAGGGAAGAAAAGUCACACGAUCAAGCUACAGGAGCGGACGUCCCAGCGUCGGAGCUUCUCUAUGACGAUUUAUCUGACGACGAUCCUCAGAGAGAUAUUAAAGACAUAGCUUUUGCACAAGCUUAUUUAGAGAAGGUGUGCGAGGCUCUGCAGGUGGUGCCGGGGAAGGUGGAGGAUUUCCUGAGCGUGCUGUACGAGUUUGAGAGUAACCUCGAGGGCAGGACCGCAGUGGAGCUCUUCAUGAGCCUCAAACCUGUACUGAGCGACUGGCCUGAGCUGCUGCGAGACUUUGCCGCGUUCCUGCACCCGGAACAAGCCCAGGAGUGCGGCCUGGUGGAGGAGCAGCAGGCGUUUGAGAGGAGCCGGAGAUUCCUGCGGCAGCUGGAGCGCAGUUUCGGAGAGCAGUCCGUGCACUACAGGAAGGUCGUGCGCACUCUGCAGCAGGGGCUACCUAAAAGUCAGAGAGGCUCACAGGAGAUGAAGGCGCAGAUAGCGCUGCUCUUUCGUGACCACGCCCACUUGCUGGAGGAGUACUGGGUGUUUUAUGAGCAGCUCCACUCCACAAUGCAGUGCAUGUCUCAUGAUGAAGAUGAGGAAGAGGACGAGGUGGAGACUGACAGCACGCCCAGCGCUCAAAUACUGCACAGUGUGAAAAAGGCAAAGAAUAAAAAAAAUCAGAACUCCAUCCAGAGUGCUGAUGUAAUAAGCUUAAAUACAGAGGUGACGGAUGAGCAGAGCAGAGAUGACGAUCCACAGAGUCCUGUCUGUGCCAAGAACAGUUCACGAAUGCCAAGUGGAGAGAAAGUUGUGCUCUGGACAAGGGAAGCAGAUCGUGUGAUACUCACUACAUGUCAACAGAGAGGAGCCUGUCAAAGCACAUUUACUUCUAUUGCUGCUCAGCUGGGUAACAAAACCGCCACAGAGGUUGGCGCACGCUAUCAGGACCUCAUAAAACUGUUCCACAAAUCCACAAAGCAGCAUCACAGCAGCCACAUGGACCCCAAUGGCCAGUUCCAGCUGACUGAAGAGAAACCAGACUAGUCCACAAUUCAUAUCACAUGUCUUAAUAUAUUUAUUUGGAUUCAGAAGGCUCAAACAUGCAAAUUUACAAGCCUUACUAGUUUUAAAGAGUGGAUGAGGAGGUUCUUGGGGUUUGAUAUAUCCUUUUAAACGUAGAAGUUUUAGUCGAAACUUUUUGGGCAUGUAAGUAGUGGUGACUGAAGUCUUAGUUGAUGUUCAUGUCUAAUUUUGUGUUUAAAAAAAAAAAAAACCAAGACCAACAGUUUUUCAAUACAGUUAGAACCACUUGGAUUAAAUAUGGACAGAGGAAAGCGGUGCCUGUGGUUGGAAUACGUGACGACGAACUUUUUCGGAAGAUUGCAAUGGACUAGAACUUUCUCAACACACACACAUUGUUCUCCACAAACAGUAUUUGGGAAUGUUGUUUACAAAUGCAUCCUUUUAGUAAGAACUUCAUGGAGCUGGUUGAAGUCGCCAAUCCCAGGAGCACUGGCUGGGAUAUGGAAAUUACACCUCAGAUGGGACUCCAGUCCAUCACAGAGCAGAGCAAUAUACACACACAUUCACACCUAGGAACAAUUUAUCAUACUCAGUCCAUCUACCAGCAGGUUUUUGGAAGAAACCUGAAAAGUUAUGGAGUACCAGAUGGUGUAAUGAUAGUUUAAGGUUGUAGCAAGUCAGCUGGUCUGAUGAUCUUAAAAUGCAGAGACUGUACACUACUGCUAACUUGAAAGAAACACAGAAACCGUUACUAAUUUUUUUUUUCUCCAGAACCAUUCCAAUGCAUUAAUGGGCUGUGCUGAAAGAGAACUACAGGAGCUGGCUUAUUUAUAUUUUUAUAAUCAGUAUACAUAACACUGAAGGCAUAGACCUUUUUUUUUACUUGAGUGAAAAAUGUUUUACAGAUCAUCCUUGCAUAUUUUGUCAGUUUUUUUC